AUGGACAGAAACUCUUCCGACAGUCUUAUUGGGCAAUCCACCUCUGCAGAAUUAGUCUAUGGAGAGCCAUUCCCUGGUGAAUUCCUAACGUCAAAAGAUAAUGCUGCCAAGUUCGACGACGCAGCUGAGUUUAUCAAAGUUCUUCGACAUCACAUUCAGCAGAUCCGACCUGUCAAUGGUACACGACAUGGCGAGAAGAAAAACUUUGUUUUCAAGGACCUUGCAACCACAGAGUACGUAUUCAUUCGACAUGACGGACCCAAAAAUGGAAUACAAAUGCCCUAUGAUGGUUCCUAUAGAGUCAUAAGUCGAAAUAAAAAAGCUUUUGUCAUUGAUAUAAAGAAGAAACAAGUUAGAGUAACUAUUGAUAGACUUAAGCCGGCCUACAUCAUAGUAGACGACCAUUCUAAAGAAGAUAUUUCGAGAGAAAUUCAGACAUCUACACCGAAUACCAUUACAAUGGAGGAUCAAAGGACACUUUCCGGAAGAAAAGUUCGUUUUUCAGACCGUCUCCAAGUAGGUUCUGCUUGA